AUGUCUGUACGUAUGCCAAGGAGUCAGGUGAAGAGUGAAUCAGACUCAAUGGAGUUAUAAGCCAAAGCUGGUAUAGAUGGAGAAAGUAUUGGGAACUGCCCAUUCUCCCAGCGCCUCUUCAUGAUCCUGUGGCUCAAAGGAGUUGUGUUCAACGUCACCACUGUUGACCUGAAAAGAAAGCCAGCUGACCUACACAAUCUGGCUCCUGGGACCCACCCACCUUUCUUGACUUUUAAUGGAGAAGUCAAGACAGAUGUUAACAAGAUUGAGGAAUUCUUGGAAGAGAUUCUUGCACCUCCAAAGUACCCCACGCUGGCUGCUAAGCACCGGGAAUCAAACACUGCUGGAAUCGAUAUCUUCUCCAAAUUUUCUGCAUACAUCAAAAAUACCAAGCAGCAGGAUAAUGCUGCCCUUGAAAGAGGCUUGGUGAAGGCUCUGAAGAAGCUGGAUGACUACCUGAGAACCCCUCUGCCAGAGGAGAUUGAUGCAAACAGCACUGAAGAAGAGAAAGUGUCUAAACGCAAGUUUCUGGAUGGAGAUGACCUGACUCUUGCUGACUGCAACCUUCUGCCCAAACUCCAUGUUGUCAAGAUCGUUGCAAAGAAAUACCGCAACUUUGAGUUCCCAACGGAGAUGACGGGGUUGUGGCGGUACCUGAAGAACGCGUAUGCCAGGGAUGAAUUCACCAACACCUGUGCGGCAGACAAAGAAAUUGAGCAAGCCUACGCAGACGUGGCCAAGCGGCUCAGCAAGUCAUAA